AUGAUCAGAAGUAGAUCUAAAAGUCCAAGACGCCUGUCACCAUCUUCCCGGGUUACGCACUGUGAUGCAGAGCUUUUGAAGACCACGCGAGACCGUGAAGAACUUAAGUGCAUGCUGGAAAAAUAUGAGCGUCAUUUGGCAGAAAUUCAGGGUAAUGUCAAGGUUCUUACAUCUGAGAGAGACAAGACCUUUCUUCUUUAUGAACAGGCGCAGGAAGAGAUUGCCCGGCUUCGCCGAGAAAUGAUGAAAAGCUGUAAGUCUCCUAAAUCAACAACUGCACAUGCCAUCCUCCGGCGGGUGGAGACUGAAAGAGAUGUAGCCUUCACUGACUUACGAAGAAUGACCACAGAACGAGACAGUCUGAGGGAAAGGCUAAAGAUUGCUCAAGAGACAGCGUUUAAUGAGAAAGCUCACUUGGAACAAAGGAUAGAGGAGCUGGAGUGUACAGUUCAUAAUCUUGAUGAUGAACGUAUGGAGCAAAUGUCAAAUAUGACUUUGAUGAAGGAGACCAUAACCACUGUGGAGAAAGAAAUGAAAUCACUAGCAAGAAAGGCAAUGGACACUGAAAGUGAACUUGGCAGGCAAAAAGCAGAGAAUAAUUCUUUGAGAGUUUUAUAUGAAAAUACAGAAAAAGACCUUUCUGAUAAUCAGCGGCACCUUGCUAAGAAAAAAUAUGAGCUUCAGCUUACUCAGGAGAAAAUUAUGUGCUUGGAUGAAAAAAUUGAUAAUUUUACAAGGCAAAGCAUUGCCCAGCGAGAAGAAAUCAGCAUCCUUGGUGCAACCCUCAAUGAUCUGGUUAAAGAAAAGGAAUGCCUGCAAGCAUGCUUGGAUAAAAAGUCUGAGAAUAUCGCAUCCCUUGGAGAAAGUUUGGCAAUGAAAGAAAAGACCAUUUCAGGCAUGAAGAAUAUCAUUGCUGAGAUGGAACAGGCAUCAAGACAGUCUACUGAAGCGCUAAUUAUGUGUGAACAAGACAUUUCCAGGAUGCGCAGGCAGUUGGAUGAAACAAAUGACGAAUUGGCUCAAAUCGCCAGGGAAAGAGAUAUCUUGGCUCAUGAGAAUGACAAUCUCCAAGAACAGUUUUCCAAAGCUAAACAAGAGAACCAGGCCCUGGCUAAACAAUUGAAUGAUACUCAUAAUGAACUUAAUGAUAUAAAACAGAAGGUCCAUGAUACUAAUUUGGAGGUUAACAAGCUGAAGAAUAUAUUAAAGUCUGAAGAAUCUGAGAACCGACAAAUGAUGGACCAACUCCAAAAAGCCAAUGAAGAUGCUGAAAACUGGGAAAAUAAGGCCCGGCAAGCAGAGAUAGACAACAAUACUCUCAAAUUAGAACUUAUCACUGCUGAGGCAGAGGGGAACAGAUUAAAAGAAAAGGUAGAAGCCCUCACUAGAGAGGUCGAGCAGCACUUGAAUGCAGAAAGGUCUUACAAGGCCCAGAUCUGUACGUUGCAUAAAUCUCUUAUGAAGAUGGAAGAGGAGCUUCAGAAGGUUCAGUUUGAAAAGGUGUCUGCCCUUGCAGACUUGUCUUCCACAAGGGAACUUUGUAUUAAACUUGACUCAAGCAAAGACCUUCUUAAUCAGCAGCUGAUUGCUAAAGAUCAAGAAAUUGAAAUGAUGGAGAAUGAGUUAGAUUCUGCUCGGUCUGAAAUAGAACUCCUUAGAAGUCAGAUGACAAAUGAGAGAAUCUCCAUGCAGAAUCUAGAAACUUUGCUGGUGGCCAAUCGGGACAAAGAGUAUCAGACUCAGAUAGCGCUUCAAGAAAAAGAAUCUGAAAUUCAGCUGCUUAAAGAACACCUGUGUUUGGCAGAAAAUAAAAUGGCCAUCCAGAGUAGAGACGUGGCCCAGUUCAGGAAUGUCGUCACACAACUGGAAGCUGACUUAGACAUUACCAAAAGACAGCUGGGCACCGAGCGCUUUGAAAGGGAAAGGGCUGUGCAAGAACUUCGCCGCCAGAAUUACUCAAGUAAUGCUUAUUAUUUGAAUUCUACGAUAAAGCCAAAUGCUAAAUGUCAUUCACCAGAACGUGCUCACCACCGAUCUCCUGACCGAGGCCUGGAUCGAUCUCUAGAAGAGAAUCUUUGCUAUAGAGAUUUCUGA